CUUGUGCUCCUCCACCGCUUCUUGAUUUUCUUGUGCUCUGCUUGUUUGAAUAAUAUUGCUAUGUCGCAAAUAUCAGAGCACAAGACAAAAAAGCGCAAGCCUGCCGCAGCAGCGAUGGCGGACGAGUCGUCUUCUAAACGCUCAAAAACGGAGAAGGUAAAGAAGGACAAGACAAAAGACAAGGAGAAGCGGAAGGGCAAGGAGGUGCUGGACUCUCAGUUCCGAGUUGUCGAGGCAUCACUUCUGCUCUCAAUAGCUCCUGUUUUCGCGAACAACUUGCGAGCAGGUGCAGAGGAGAUGCUAGACUCAAUGCUGAUGAGAUAUAUUCCUGCGCUGCAAGGUGUUGUGCUUGCGCACCACAAUCUCCGGUUCCUUGACUCGAAAGCGGCCAUUAAGGCCGACUGCCCGUUCGCGAAUUGCAAUGUCAGCUUUGAAGCGAUCGUAUGGAGUCCGUAUGUGGGCCAAAAAUUAGUGGGCAAAGUCAACCUCUACUCGCCAGACCACGUCUCUCUCCUCGUCCACCGGACAUUCAACGUCUCAAUACCACGGCACCACAUACCGACUGACAACUGGGAAUUCGAGUAUGGUCCUGCAGAGGAUGACCCCGAGUUUGGCGCGGAGCAGACCUCCGAGAGCCCUGAAGAUGCGGAGAUACUCGAGGAAACGACGGAGAGCAGUGGGCGGUGGGUACAUAAGCUGACGGGCGACAAGCUUGGAGGCAAGAAUGGACACCUGGAGUUCACUGUGACUGGUCUUACGAUCGCGAACCGGAUGCUCUCUCUCGUUGGGUCCAUACAAUCUGAUCCUUUCUCUCCCGACCACGUACCAGAUCAUUCUGUGUACACCACUGCUUCGAAUUCUACUCAGCGGAAAGUGCGAGAACGCAGGCCGCCAGUCGAGGUUCCCGAGGUCGUGGAAGAAGAGGCAGACAGCGACGAAGAGGACACCUUCCAGGCCCUGGGUCGGCUGGGCGACGAAGCAGCAGCUCGCGAAACGGCACAAAAGGCGGAAGAGCGGGCGAAGAGCGAGAAGAAGCGCAAGCGGAAGGAAAACAAGGAGUCUGCACAAGACGCAGAGGACGAAGAGCAGGCGGAGAAGAAAAAGAAGAAAAAGAAAAAGACGACAUAGCACUGGUUGCGUGGAUGGUAGCGAGUUGGGCCUUUUUCUGGCGUGUCUGUACGUCAUGGUAUCCACGCAUGACCGUCGCCGUCGCUCAGCGCUCAGCACUCGCUGGUUUACCUUAACUGAAACAUCAACAGCAUGUGGCGCUGGCUGAAGACCCUUAUGGCGCGGGCGCAUCAGCCUCAUUGCAUCCUGGAGCCGUUACUCGCGCCCGUGCUUCGCACACAGUAUACGGUGCUGUGAGAUACUCUACAGCGGCACAGCGCUCGGACAGUAAACACCGUUAGGACCCUCGCAAC